AUGAAGCUCACUUUCAGAGACUUGAAGCAGCAGAAAUUCACCAUCGAGGCCGAACCUUCAGAGACAGUCGGCCAGGUGAAAGAAAAGAUCGCCCAAGAGAAAGGUUGGGAGGCAUCGCAACAAAAGUUAAUCUAUUCAGGCAAAAUUCUUCAAGAUGCGAACACUAUUGAGUCUUACAAUAUCGAGGAGAAGGGCUUCAUAGUAUGCAUGGUAUCGAAACCUAAACCCGCCGCUGGAGGUCCAUCCACGCCAGCUAAAGCAGCACCAGCCGCAACUCCCAGUGCUCCCGCUCCCGCCCCAGCUCCCCCAGCUACUACAGCCGCUACCCCUCAGGUUCCUUCAACUCCUMCCCCAGCCUCUUCCGGGGCUGCUGCCGCCGCCGCCGCCGCCGCCGGCGAGGCACCAGCCUUUAAUGACCCGUCAGCUUUGGCCAUGGGCACCCAAGGAGAAGCGGUGAUUGCGCAGAUGGAAGCGAUGGGUUUCCCUCGUGCUGAUAUUGAUCGUGCUAUGCGGGCUGCCUUUUUCAAUCCCGACCGUGCUGUCGACUACCUACUUAAUGGUAUCCCCGAGAGCGCCGAACAGGAACAAGCUCAAGCUCGCGCCGCCGCCGCUUCUCCUCCAGCAGCCACCCCACCCGCUGCCGCAGCAGCCACCGAAGCCACUGGGGAAGAGCCAGUAAAUCUGUUCGAAGCAGCGGCACAGGCAGGCGGUGCUGCAGGUCGCGGAGCAACUGGCGGAGCUGGAGCUGGAGCUGGAGCUGGAGAUGCCGGCACUUUGGGCAAUCUCGACUUCCUCCGCAACAACCCGCAUUUCCAGCAAUUGCGACAGCUAGUACAGCAGCAACCUCAAAUGCUUGAACCCAUCUUGCAGCAGGUCGGAGCCGGCAACCCGCAGUUGGCUCAAUUGAUUGGUCAGAACCAGGAACAAUUUCUUCAGCUUUUGGCGGAGGACUUGGGUGAGGAGGGCGAACUUCCUCCUGGUGCGCAUGAGAUUCGUGUUACGGAAGAGGAGCGCGAUGCAAUUGAACGACUCUGCCGUCUUGGAUUCUCACGGGACUCGGUCAUUCAAGCCUAUUUUGCCUGCGACAAGAACGAAGAACUGGCAGCAAACUUUCUCUUCGAGCAACCCGACGAGGGUGAUGAUCAAUAA